UGACAAUCACGUUGUCAUAACUCCAUCAGAGUUCAAUCAACAAUGAGAGCUUAACAAAAAUGUGUCGGAUAAGAAAAUAGUUCUACCGUUCCUUACAGAUUCAUCGCACAAAAUAUCAAUUUUUGUCUGAUCACCUGCUGAAGUCAGUGCGAACUUUUUUGGUAUGAAUCCAAAGGCAAAUACAUCCAAUAAACCGAUAGAUGAGUGUCAUAAUUAUAAAGUGGUGUUCAAAAAGCCUAUUAGCUGCCCUUGGAGCAAUUUACAACCGUGUCCAUCAUCGCUGAACAAAAAUAGACCUGGUGACUUGUCCACGACUGAAACUACGAAUAUUGGUGACAUUUCUACAGCACCUAGUGUAUCAACUGACAAGUCUCCAUCAUCCUUGCAUCAGUCUUCUAGUCAGUUCUUCUACUUUCUGAGACUGAUGCAGCUUUUUCCUGAAACUCAUCCUGCCACCCUACAUACCGUGCUCAGCAUUUCCAAGAAUGAUUUUUUCAGCGCAGUGGACAAAUUACUUUACGCAAGAAGGUGCAAAUCUCUAUUUACAAGAAAUCAGACAGCGGGAAUCAGAAGACACCCUUUUUGUAAAGGACACUCUUAUUACUGUUACACUAAUAAUGAGUGUAGGGGAACUAAAAGACCAUGGGAUAGAGAUCAGGACGCCAGUCAGGAAAUUGGACAAGAUACCACCCAAGUGGAAGAGACAGUUGAAACACUUGACACAGGGAAAGAUAUUGUCAAUAAGGAAGUAUUGAAUUUGACAACCAGAAAUGAAGAUGAAAAAGCAAUACCACCAUCAUCAAUACAUCAAUAGAGGAAUUGGAGACAAUAGAAACAAUAAAUGAAUCUACAAUCACAAAAUCGCCAUAACUUAAAUCUUCUCUUCAAAAUCCAUAUUUAAACUUUUGCUAGGUACUUAAUCUAGUAAUUUAACACCUCUGUGAUAGCAUAGGAAGGUAUAGUUUGACCGGGUCUGGAAAUCCAUGAUUUACCUAUCAUUCCCAGUUAUGGCAGUUAUAGAACUUAAUGUUGUUGAUAGUACAUAGGAAUUAGAUAUUAUAACCUAUGCCUAUUUUAGAUAUUUAUAUUGUAUUCAAUAAAUUUGUGGAACAAUA